GACUCAGCCCGGGCACCCGCCCCUGGGGACCCUCGGCCCUCCCGUAGCUCUCCGGGGAUGCGGGUGGCGCCGGCCUCCGCGGCUGAUGGAAGCGGGUGGCACCGCCCCGGGCGCAGGUGACACUCGCCAGGCCCGGGUUUCUGUCGGAGGGGAAGUCCUCCAGAAGCCUGAGACGCAGCCGCCCCGGGCACCAAGGGAUCCGACAGGGAUGGCCGGAGAGCUGAGCCAAGAGGCACUGCUGGACUUUCUGUGCCAGGCCGGGGGCCGCGUGCGUAACGCAGAGCUGCUGGGCCACUUCAAGAGCUUCCUGCGGGACCCUCGCGCGCCUCCCGGCCAGCUGCAGGAACGCCGCGAGCUCUUCAAGGGCUUCGUGAACUCGGUGGCCGCAGUGCGCCAGGACCCCGACGGCACCAAGUACGUGGUGCUCAAGAGGAGGUACCGGGACCUGCUGGGGGAGGAGGGACUGCAGCGACCCGCCCCGGCAGAGGGACCGCCACGGGGCCGCCGUCACCGGCGUGAGCCGGAGCCGCAGGCGCCGCCGGCAGGUGCCGCGACCCGGGUGGAUGCAGGUGGCCAGGAGCUAGCGGGCACCAGCGCGCGGAAGGCGGCCGGGGCCGGGGCAGCCCGCAGCCCGAGGGGCAGCCCGAGCCAGGGGACGCCGAGGCCAGCGGCUGUCCAGACCAGAGGCAGGUGUGCGGCGCUGGAGGCGCGGGGCCGCUGCUGCUGGGAAUGCGAGCAGAACGGCUGGGGGGAGCCCGCCGGACAGCCGCUGCCCGGAGAGCUCGGAGAGCCUGCCGCCGCCCGCGGCAAGCCGGAGCGCGCCGAGCUUGCCCGGGGUGACCUCGGGGCUCCGGGGCGACUGCGGGAAGGAGCGUCGGCUGAGCGCGCGCCGGCGUCUGCAACGCCUGUCUGGCCUCAGGCCGCCGUCGGGGCUGCCGGUAGCCCCACGUCCCCUCCCGCCCUCACGCCCCUCCCGGCUCCCUCCCGAGAGCCGCUGGAGCUGUACACCGCCCGCUCCCCGAACCAUUCAACCCAGCAGCUGCAGCAGCAGCAGCAGCAGCAGCAGCAGCGCACUCGAGAGUGGUUAGCCAGACACCUACAGGUGCCUGAGGCCGGGAACCAGGGGCCCACUCGCGCCUGGUCGGUGUUGCCGGACAACUUCCUCCAGUUACCCUCAGAAACCGCCUUCAGGGUCUCGGAGCUGCCGGAGCCCGCUCUGCCCUUCCAUUCUCUCCUUCCUGUGGUUCCUGACGAGCCCUCAGAAUCCUGGCCCGGGAACCCUCCACCCACUGUCUUUCGAAGCAUUCGCUGUCAGCUGUCCCUCCAGGAUCUGGAUGACUUUGUGGAUCAAGAAAGCCACGGCAGUGAGGAGAGUAGCAGCAGUGGACCCAAAGAGUCUCCCGGGACCCCCGAAGAGGGCCUGCAACCCUUCCUGAGAACUUCCUCUUGGGGAGAGCUCAGGGAUCCAGUAGAGGUCCUAUCUGUGUCACCGAACCAAGGUAGCCCCUACCUCAUCCGGAAGGGGCUCUCCAAUAGACAGAAUGCAUCCGGUUCUCGGAAGGUCCCAACGGUGGCUAAAAGCCUCGGAGACCACCCCCAGGAGCAUUCGCCCUGGCCAACCCCCAAGUUCCGGAGGUCUUUCAGGAGGAACUCUCGAACACAGAGAAACAAAUCCUCCUCUUCCUCAGAUGAGGAGCAUCCUGAUGAGGACUUGCUGAAGAGGAGCCGGCGCCCACCUCGGUCCAGGAAACCUUCCAAGGCAGGAGCCCUGCCCAGCCCAAGGGCAGAUGUUGUUUUGAUGCAGAAACUGGCAGAUGCUAACGCUGUGGCAGGUCGGCCACACUCCUCAUGGGUCCCUGGAAGGGAUGGAUCUGCAGACUUGGCACCCCACAGGCCUUCUGAGCACAGGUCACCCCUUGUCCCCCUAGAUGCCAGGGAGCAUGAGUGGAUUGUGAGGCUUGCCAGUGGCUCCUGGCUUCAUGUGCAGACCUUGUUCUGGGAGGACCCCCAGCUGGCCUUGCACAGAGACUUCCUGACCGGCUACACGGCCUUGCACUGGAUGGCAAAGCAUGGCAACCUGAGUGCCCUUCAGGACUUGGUCUCUGGAGCCCAGAAGGCGGGGAUUGCACUAGACGUGAACGUGAGGUCCACUUGUGGCUAUACCCCACUGCACCUUGCGGCUAUUCAUGGCCACCAGGGAGUCAUCAAAUUGCUAGUGCAAAGGUUGGCUUCUAGGGUGAAUGUUCGGGACUUCAGUGGCAAGAAGCCAUGGCAGUAUCUGAACAGCAAAGCCUCUGGGGAAACAUGGCAGCUCCUGGGUGCACCCCGGGGCAAACCCAUCUUCCCCGUAUAUUCCUUAGUCCAAAGCCCUUCCCCAGCCAGGAAGGUCAAGAGCCGGGAAAUGUCUAGAAAUGUCACCCGGAAGACUUCCCUGGCUGCUUUGCUCAAAACUCAACACAACAAAUGGAAGUCGGCCAGCCAACAUGAGAAAUUCCACACCCCAAGGGAGAGAGAUGAGUAUAGUGACUGAAAUGGGCUUCUCUCUGCAGAAGGCUGUGGGGCCCCUCCCCAAGCUACUAUGUAGAUGAGAGAACCCAAAGGGAAACAGAAACUGUUAGAAUUUGGUAAAGAUCCAGAACCAGUGAAAUGGUGUACCCAAGGGUCAUCUCACCUUCUUGAAGCCUCAUGUGUUUGAAAUGUAGACAAAAUUAGAGCCAGGCAGUCAAGCCUGGGGAGGGUCCCUCUCUCUCCUGAGCCAGGAAGGGGUCUGGUCACAGGAAGGCACAGGGUUUUCUGAGGUAGUGCCAGGCCUUACUAGAAAAGGAAUGGAUGCAUCAGUCAAAGAGAGACAGCUGGUGGAACUGACAUAGCUCACGCUCUUCUCUGGCUGGAAGCUCUCUGGCUUCUAUUCAUCUCUGGAAUAAAUCUUGGCUGAGCAGAAAGCACCAGGUUUGAAGUCAGAUGGCUUCCUUUCGUUCCCUUUAUGUGCCUUUUGGCAAUUCCAACCAGUGAGAUAAAAUUGUUACUGGAGAGUGUAGCUUGACUGAAGAGAUUUCGUCAGUCCUGUGGGCAAGCCUCUGCGGUUGCUUGGUGUAAACUGAUGUCAACUGUCUUCUCUGGGUGUCUUUGCCCUUGAUCAGAGAAGUGGGUGAAUGAGGUUCAGGUAUGACCUUGACCCCCCCUCCCUAGAGAAAGGACACCAGCCGGGCUGUGUCUUAUUUUGUGUUUGUGAUUUGUUCUGGUUCUGCACCAAUCCAAUGUGUGCUUCCCAAGCAUAAAAGCCUUUUGGGUCAUUUGUGUAGUGACUGACACUCUUCACCCUGCAGGGGAACUAGCUCCCUGUGUAGCAAACAGGCUCAUCUCUGAGAGCUUUCCGUAGGUUUGAAGGUCAUCAUUGGAACUCAGGGAAAGAGAGCGCUGGGUUCGCGCUGGGGAAGCCACAGGGGUUCAAAGCAUCAGAACUGUGUCAAGCUGCUAAGUAUAACUUUAUUUGCACUAAACUUUUUGCCAAUUAAGAUUAAAUAUUAGCCUUGAAGUACUGAAUGUCUGACAGGAAGUGUCCCAUUCGGUUCUCCGGAGACACCGGUCCCUGGCUGAAAUCAGAGAAUGCCGACUCUGCAAACCCCAGUAGAAUGUGCGAAUCACUGAAUGUAAAUCCAAAGAGGGCUGAAAAGUUCAAUGUUCAAGCAGAGAUUAGUUUUUUUAUGGAAAUAUUUUCAUGUGUGAUACUGUAUUUUUAAAGAGUUCUUGUGUUUCUUCUGGUUAUUUUCCUGCAUUAAAAGACCAGCAGAUUGUUGUAAGUUA